UGGUUGUUUGAUACCAAAAAUCCUUUUCAGACAAAACAAUCCCAAUUUUCCACACCCUGGAAUUUUCCAAUUAGAAAACUGAAUUUUGCUUUUCAAAUUCAGAAAACUGAAUUUUGUUCAUCAGAGUUAACAAUUUGGCUAUGUCUUUGAGGCCGAAUUCUCGAACGGAGGCUCGACGGAGCAGAUACAAAGUAGCAGUAGAUGCAGAAGAAGGACGGAGAAGAAGAGAAGAUAACAUGGUUGAGAUCCGUAAGAGUAAACGAGAAGAAAGUCUUCUCAAAAAACGCCGUGAAGGUCUUCUUCAACCUCACCAAUUUCCUCCUCCUCUUUCUCAGCUCGAUAAGAAGCUGGAGACUCUUCCUGAAAUGAUUUCUGGGGUUUGGUCCGAUGACAGCAGUAUGCAACUUGAAUAUACAACACAGUUCCGGAAACUGCUUUCAAUUGAACGUAAUCCUCCUAUAGAUGAAGUGAUACAGUCUGGGGUAGUUCCUCGGUUUGUUGAAUUUCUUGCUAGAGAUGACUAUCCUCAACUGCAGUUUGAGGCAGCAUGGGCUCUUACAAACGUUGCAUCUGGUACGUCAGAAAACACUAAAGUUGUGAUUGAUUAUGGUUCUGUCCCAAUUUUCGUCAGACUUCUAAGUUCACCAAGCGAUGAUGUCCGUGAACAGGCAGUUUGGGCUUUGGGAAAUAUUGCUGGUGACUCGCCCAAGUAUCGUGACCUUGUGCUUGGCCAUGGAGCCUUAGUGCCAUUGCUGGCACAAUUUAAUGAGCAUGCGAAGCUAUCUAUGUUGAGAAAUGCUACCUGGACAUUGUCAAACUUCUGUAGGGGCAAGCCUCAGCCGCAAUUUGAGCAGACAAAAGCAGCACUCCCUACUCUUGCUCGACUUAUCCACUCAAACGAUGAAGAAGUCCUGACAGAUGCAUGCUGGGCUCUUUCAUAUCUCUCUGAUGGAACUAAUGACAAAAUCCAGGCUGUUAUUGAAGCUGGAGUGUGUCCCCGCCUUGUUGAGCUGCUACUUAGUCAUGCUUCACCAUCUGUUCUCAUUCCUGCCUUGCGCACUGUUGGUAAUAUUGUCACAGGAGAUGAUAUCCAAACUCAGGUUAUCAUUGACCAUCAUGCUCUUCCCUGCCUUCUUAACUUGUUGACGCAAAAUUACAAAAAAAGCAUUAAAAAGGAAGCUUGCUGGACAAUCUCAAACAUUACAGCUGGUAAUCGAAAUCAAAUUCAGGCUGUGAUCGAGGCUAGUAUUAUUGCCCCUCUUGUCCAUCUGCUACAAAAUGCUGAAUUUGAGAUAAAGAAAGAGGCUGCUUGGGCAAUUUCAAAUGCUACAUCCGGUGGAAAUAAUGAUCAAAUCAAGUUCUUGGUGAGCCAAGGUUGUAUAAAACCAUUGUGCGAUCUUCUGGUCUGCCCUGACCCAAGAAUAGUCACGGUCUGCUUGGAAGGGCUUGAGAAUAUUCUGAAGAUUGGGGAAACUGAUAAGGAUCUAGGUAACACAGAAGGCGUGAAUGUUUAUGCCCAGUUGAUCGACGAGGCUGAAGGUCUAGAGAAGAUUGAAAACCUCCAGAGCCAUGACAACACCGAAAUCUAUGAGAAGGCAGUGAAGAUCCUCGAAACUUAUUGGUUAGAAGAGGAAGAUGAGCAGCUUCCAUCAGCUGAAGCUCAACCUUCUGGAUUCUACUUUGGAGGGGGCGAUCUACCUCUUCCAUCAGGAGGAUUCAACUUCAGUUGAUGGGGUUUUGGCUAGAAGGUCAGUCAGUGGUUUUUAAACUGGAGACAGUGUCUUCAAUCCAGGAGAACUUAUUCCCGAAGGGAUGUUAUCAAAUUUGUUUGUUUCUAGCUGGCGUGGAGAAACGGAUGGAACGUGAGUAAGGACCGUUUGAACAAUAUGUAGAGUUUUUAUUUUGUUUUGUUGUAUUGGGGUGUGGGGGGUGCGGAUUUUACAUAUAUUUUUCUUCUGUUUCUUGAGUGAGUUUAUGUUGUAUAAGUUACCUUCUCCCCCAGAUAUAUUGGUGGUGAUGGAUAAAGUAUAAUUUAUUUAUAUAUAUACAUCUUAAGUAUAAUUUAUUUAUAUA